AUGCCUCCAGGCAGGUGGCAUGCUGCCCACCCAGGGUCCCGGACCCAGGCUUCUAGGGACAGAGGGCGCCUCCAGGUGGUAAAGGAAAACAAGGAUGAAGGCUAUACUUCAGUACAGACAGCUAGGCCACAGACUCUCAACCGUCCUGGCCAGGAGCUCUUCCGCCAGCUCUUCAGGCAACUUGGCUACCACGAGUCUUCUGGACCUCAGGAAACUCUGAGCCGACUCCGGGAGCUCUGUCGCUGGUGGCUGAGGCCUGACAUUCUCUCCAAGGCUCAGAUCUUGGAGCUGCUGGUGCUGGAGCAGUUCCUGAGCAUCCUGCCUGGAGAGCUUCGGACCUGGGUGCAGCUGCAUCGUCCCGGGAGUGGGGAGGAGGCCUGGCUGUACUGGAGGAGCUGCGGAGGGACCUUGAUGGGAUACCACAGAGGGUAAGUGCCCUGCCCAGAGACCAGAUGUGCAAUGGACGGGUACAGGAGCCUGCGAGCCGCACAGAUCUGGCCCCCUGCUUCACCUGUCAAGAGCAGCUCUGCUUUAGAGGACCACCUGGAGCCCCCCUAUGAAAUAGGCGUGCGUGCCAACCUCGCUGGGCAAUCCGGUUCUCCUGCUUCCCACAUGCCUACCCUUACCCAGAGAGAGGGGUACCCAGGAAAUGGGGUGACAGCAUUCAGGCCCCUGACCGAUCAGCCCCAGGAGGCUAUGACUUUCAAGGAUGUGGAGGUGACCUUCUUCCAGGACGAAUGGGAAUGGCUGGACCAUUCCAAGAGGAACCUGUAUAGGGAUGUGAUGCUGGAGAAUUAUGGCAACAUGGUUUCUUUGGUGGGACCAUUCCAUAAACCUGCUCUGAUCUCCUGGUUGGAGGGAAGGGAGCCAUGGGGCCUGAAUGAUCAGGGAGUUCAGCAAAGAGAGAAGCCAGGUGCUGCCCCUGCAGGUGAGUUACAGAGAACUACCAGGUCUGGCCCCUCUCUUAUUAAGCCAAUGGAAGCAGAAACCUUAACUGUACAAUCAGGAUGCUCUGUGAUGAAUGUUUCUGAGGGAACAGGGCUUCAAGAAUCUUUUGAGCAGAAGAGUGGACUAGAGGAGAAAUGCGGACCCCCUGUGCUCAUGAAAAUAAAGAAAGAAGAGAUCAAUUUCAGUAACAGAACAGAAAGAGAGUCUGAGGAAUUAAGAGGAAGUAAUAGUCUUGACCAAAAACACCUAACAUAUUUGAAAGAUCCUGGAAGAAAGCGAUCUCUUAAACGUGGUUAUGGCAGACGUUUCAGACUAAGUUCACACCAUCAUGACUACAAGGACUAUGAGGAAGGGCUUAGACACAUGAUCGGGGAGGUUGGCCUACAUCAGAGAAAUCAUGUGGUACUGCAAGGGGAUGAAAAGGACACAGAUGGGAAAGACUCUAGCCUUAGCUCUCAUCACCAAUCUGGACAGAGUCUUGCCAUGGUGGAGACCCCAUAUAAGUGCAGUGACUGUGGGAGGGCCUUCAGUGAUCGCUCCCAUCUUGAAUGUCAUCAGCAACUUCACACUCAAGAAAAACUAUAUAAAUGCAGAGUGUGUGAGAAAAGCUUUAGGUGGAAUUCAAACUGUAUGAGGCACGAGAAAAUUCACACUGGACUGAAACCAUAUAAAUGCAGUUUUUGUGAAAAAGCGUUUCGACGAAGAUCAGUCUGCCGUCUGCACCAGGAAACCCAUACUAAGCCGGACUUUCUGGAAUCUAAUCAGAAUGAGGAAGCUGUCAUUUAUGGCUCAGAGUUUGAUGAUCAUUUGAGAUACCACAGUGGGAAGAAACCCUUUGACUGUAGCCAGUGUAGGAAAUCUUUCCACUGUAAAUCAUACGUUCUUGAACACCAAAGGGUUCAUACCCAGGAGAAACCCUAUGUAUGUACCAAAUGUCGGAAAACUUUCAGGUGGAGGUCAAAUUUUACGCGUCACAUGAGACUGCACAAGGAGAAAAAGUUGUUUGAACAAGACAAAUGUAGGGAGGACUUCAAGGCAACCUCCAGCUCCCACCAACCCCAGAAAGCCCCCAUGGAAGAGAAAACUUUUCUUUGUCAGCAUUGCAACAAAAGUUUUACUCGAAAAAAAUCCCUAAUUGAUCAUCAGAAAAGUCACACAGGUGAAAAACCAUACCAAUGUAGUGAAUGUGGGAAAGCGUUUGCCCACAGGUCAACCUUUUUUGUCCAUAAGAAGCGGCAUUUCAUUGAAAGAAAAUCUGAGGGGGAUCCAUUGUUUAGUCAGGACCAAGUGUUGCAAGUUUCUGAGAAUAGUCACAACAUGCAGGAAGUCUACAAAUGUAGCCAGUGUGGCAAAGCUUUUUCCAGUAUUUCGAUCCUCCACAUCCAUCAGAAUACACACACCAGAGAGAAACCUUAUCAGUGUAGGGAAUGCGGGAAAGCUUUCAGAUGGAGUUCCAAUCUUUCUCGACAUCUUAGGAGUCACUCGUAUGGAAAACAUUAUGAAUAUUGUGAAUAUGGAGGAACUCCAGGUCUUCAUCUGAAAACCUUCACCAAUGAGAAACCUUUUUGGUGUCAGGAAUGUGGGAAAACCUUUACUCGUAAAAGAACUCUUUUAGAUCACAUGGGAAUACACAGUGGAGAGAAACGCUAUAAAUGUAAUCUGUGUGGAAAAUCUUACGAUAGAAUCUAUCGCCUAGCUAAUCAUCAGAGAAUUCACACUCAGGAGAGACCUUUUAAAUGCCAAUGGUGUGGGAAAGACUUCAUUGGAAGGCAUACCCUCUGUGUUCAUGAGAGAAAACAUGCCAGAACAGCACAGCCUGGAUUAUCUUCCUGCAAGGAUGCAGAGUUGAGUUUAAAGGAAUUCAGACACUGUCAGGAGAAAACCUUUGAAGAUCAUGAGGAAAUUUGUGACCCAACCUUCAAGCCCACCACCCAGAACAUUGGGAACAAGAGCCAUAAAUGUAACGUGUGUGGGAAAUCUUUUCAGAAAGGUUCUCAACUCCUUAGCCACAAGAGAUUUCAUACUCGAGAGAGACCCUUCAAAUGCUUAGAGUGUGAGAAGACCUUCAGAUGGUCUUCAAAUUUGUCUCGGCAUAUGAAAAACCAUCCUAGGAGCUAG